CGGUCACACUUCUAGUAAGGAGGGAACAAUUAAAUUAAAAAAACCUUUAAGCUGCACAAUUCAACCCAAACUAAUUUUGAAAGAAUACUUCAGAAAGAUGUUAUGGCACACAUAUUGUUAUCCGGCAUACGAAGGACCGAUUCUACACCGACAUUAAUGAGAUCCGAGCAGAAUUGCUAUACACCAUCAAGGACGGGGUGAUGAUCAUCAGGAGCACCAACGUCCCGGAGGAAUUGGGCGGUCACGGCAUUGGGAAGCUACUGGCCAAGGCGGCACUGGACUACGCGCUACUGAACGGGCAAUUCAUUGUGAUCAAGUGCCGGUUUGUCCAGUACUACAUCGACAAAUAUGAGCCACAAUACGCCAAGUACAUACUGAAUUAGGGAAACCAACCCAACGAUACGAAAUUGUCAGAACUAGCUAACUAAAAACAAAUAAAUCCCCUUAACAGCACAUAUAAUAUACUAUAUAAUAUAUGUCUGCUUUCAGAUUGGUGAACUUCGUGCUGCCUUUGUAAAUUCACAUGAAAACUAUUUUUAAUUGGUUUGCUCCAUAAAUUUUCAGAUUAUUUAAAAAUUACCAAAUCAAAAGGGAACUUUAUAUUUAAUGUCGAAACAAUAUAAUUAGUAAUGGAAGGUUUCUUUACUUAAGCUAUAAGUUUUGUAUGCUCCUAUUUUUAUUUAUCGAACUUAAGCAUGUUGUUUCCGAACUUAAAAAUAUAUCAGCUAGUUUUCUCAAUAUA